GACCGCCAUAGCCAUUGUUAUUGUGGUUUGGUUUGGUUCGUCGCUGCCGGGCGCUAGGCGCUGGGCGCUUGUUCCUUGGAAGCUGCUAUUCGCGGUGAUAUGAAUUCCUGCUCGAGGAAGGCGCUUUCCGUCACGCUGCUGCGGACCAUGGCCGUCUCUCCGGCCGCGACGUCGGUGAGAUCUCUCAGCACUGCCACCGCCGCGCUGCCUCUGCGAAGCAAUGCCGACAAGGGCGCUAAAAGUGUUCCUCUCCAGAAGAGGUCUCAGUUUCUUCCGCUGGCACACGGCUCUAGGUUCUUGAGCUCCGGCAGGGCCAUCGCUGGGAAUGUUGGUUUUACAUCGGAGGAGAGGCGGGCAGAUUGGAAUCGAAUGAGUGUUCGUGCCGAGGCUACUGUCGCCGAGGCUCCUCCGGCCGAGCCAGCGGCUGAAAAGUUCCAGUAUCAAGCAGAGGUUAGUCGCUUGAUGGACCUCAUCGUCAACAGUCUAUACAGUCACAAGGAAGUUUUUCUUCGUGAGCUCGUCAGCAAUGCGAGUGAUGCGCUUGACAAGCUGCGAUUCUUGAGCGUCACUGAGCCUAGCCUUUUGGAUCCUAAUCCCAACCUGGAGAUUCGAAUCAAGGCUGAUCAGGAGAAGGGGACCGUGACCAUCAUCGAUUCUGGAGUUGGUAUGACUCGCCAAGAGCUUGUGGACAGUCUCGGAACUAUCGCCCAGAGUGGCACUGCAAAGUUUUUCAGCGCAAUCAAGGAAAAUAAGGCUGCACUCGGGGAUAACAAUCUGAUUGGUCAAUUUGGUGUUGGAUUUUACUCUGCCUUUCUGGUGGCUAACAGGGUUACUGUCUCAACAAGACAUUCAAAGUCGGACAAACAGUGGGUUUGGGAAGGAGAGGCCAAUGAAAACGACUAUUCGGUCUAUGAAGAAACUGACCCCGACAAGCUUAUUCCGCGAGGAACAGUCGUUACUUUGACGCUGAAGGCGGAUGAUAAAUUUGAGUACACGGAUCCAGUGAGGAUUUUGAACUUGGUGAAAAACUAUUCUCAGUUCAUAUCUUUUCCCAUCUACACAUGGCAAGAGAAGACAGUAGAGAAGGAGGUGGAAGACACAGAAGCUUCCGAGGCGCCUCCUGCUGAUCCAGCGUCUGCUGCCAUCGAAGGAGGAGAGGCACCAGCGCCACAAAAGAAAAUGAAAACCAUUACUCAGAAAGUCUAUGACUGGGAGCUGAUCAACGAGACAAAGCCUAUCUGGAUGAGAAGUCAAAAGGAGAUUGAUCCGGAAGAGUACAAGGAGUUCUUUAAGACUACGUUCAAAGAGUUUCUCCCUCCUCUAGGCUACAGUCACUUUACUACUGAGGGAGAAGUCGAAUUCAGAAGUUUACUGUAUGUUCCUGGUAUGGCACCACUGUCCCACGAGGAAAACCAAGGACUGAAAACGAAGAAUAUCAGGCUCUACGUAAAACGGGUGUUCAUUUCCGAUUCUUUUGAGGGCGACCUGUUCCCGCGCUAUCUCAGCUUUAUCAAGGGUAUUGUGGAUUCCAACGACUUGCCUUUGAACGUAUCACGAGAAAUUCUUCAAGAGAGCAGAAUAGUGCGUAUAAUGAAGAAGCGUCUUGUCAGAAAGUCUUUUGAUCUGCUGGACGAAAUUGCCAACAGGGAAAAGAAGGAGGACUACAAGAUCUUUUGGACAUGUUUCAGCAAGAACAUCAAGCUCGGAUGCAUAGAAGAUGCAAACAACCACAAGAGGCUUGCUCCGCUCUUGCGGUUCUUCUCGUCCAAAAACGAGGAGGAAAUGACGAACCUGGAUGAUUACAUUCGCAACAUGAAGCCUGAACAAAAUGCUAUCUACUUCAUUGCGGCAGAUACUGUGAAGAGCUGCAAGAGUGCGCCUUUUCUUGAGCAAUUGCUAGCGCGGGACUACGAGGUUCUGUUCCUUGUGGAUCCUAUCGAUGAGGUUGCUCUUACCAGCCUGCAAUCUUACAAGGAAAAGAAGUUCGUUGAUAUUAGCAAGGAAGACCUCGAUCUUGGUGCUGCGGACGAAGCCAAGGAGCAGGAAAUUGAAAGAGAAUUCACGUACUGCUGUGACUGGAUCAAGCAAAUUCUGGGCGAGAAGGUGGCCAGCGUUGGUAUCUCCAAUCGUCUCAGCACGUCUCCUUGUGUUCUUGUCACUGGCAAACAUGGCUGGUCUGCCAACAUGGAAAGGAUUAUGAAAGCCCAAGCGUUGGGAGAUACGAGCCAGCUCGAUUACAUGCGUGGAAAGAGGAUCCUGGAGAUCAAUCCCCAGCAUCCCAUCAUCGCGAGUCUAAACGAGGCAUGCAAGUCCAGUCCACACGACACCAGAGCCCAAGAGAUUGUGGAGCUUCUGUACGAGACGGCUCACGUUUCCAGCGGAUUCACGCCUGACAAUGCCUCGGAAUUCGGUGCUCGAAUCUACGACAUGAUCGGCGUCGCUUUGGGUGGCAGACAAGUUCUCAGCGGACAGGAGGAGGAAUAUAACGCUCCCAGCGCUCCCCAAGUGGAUUACUCUCAGGGAUACUCCGGAGGAUAUGGAGUAUCGCCACCACCGCCAGAGGCCUCCGCCGCUCCGCCACCUCCGCCGCCAGCUACCGAGGCCGAGGUAGUCGUAGAGCCAUCCGAGGUGAGAGAAGGCGAUCCAUGGAAGAGCUAAAGGAAGAAAUCUCCAUCUAGAUUUUUGUAGCACGGUCACCUUUAAAGAAAAGUUGAAUUUGAGUGCUUGGGUA